AGAGAAAAUGAUAAAGGAAAAGAUAGAAAGUAGAAACAGUUUAGAGAGAGAGGAGAUGAAGAACUGGAGAUAGGAGAGAGAGUGAGAGAGAGAAGAAUCCUCAGCUCAAAACUCAAGAACUACACCUCGAUAGAAAAGCAUCGAUAGAUUUCCCUCGUUUUCAGUGAUUAUUAUACAGAUGCGCACGCGCGCACACACACACACACUCAAUGGCCAAAUCACUCUUUACUAUCUAAAAUUCUAUCCUGUUUGGCUUGAAUUUCUAAACCCCAUCUUCUGUUUUCGGAUGUAUUUAACAUGGUUUCUUUGACGUCAGACCUUCUCCGCAAAGGUUUUGGCUAACACAUCCUCAAAAUUACUAGUUCAGUUAUUUGUAGAAGGAUUUACUUUUUUGUGUAGAGUUUCUUUUUCUUACCUAAUCUUCAAACAAGAGAGGGAGAGAGAGAGAGAGUAAGAAGGAGAAGAAGAAUACAAUGAACUUGUCAGCAAAGGGUGCUUCUGUAGCUAACAAGAAGCUUAGUGCUGAAGCAACUUUGAAUCCGAAUGCUGCAGAGUUCGUUCCUUUUGCUCUCAGGUCACAGGCUGCGAACCUUAGAAUUCUAGAUACGUCUCCAAAAUUUACCACCUCGGGGAAAUCUGUAUUAGAUAGGUCAGAAUCAUCAGUUUCGAAUAGCUCCAAUGCUGAAGAAGAGGCCCAACAGUACUGGUGUCACCAGCUCCCAGACGACAUUACUCCCGACUUCAAGGUGAUGGGGAUAGAUAAUGGUGUCAACGAAGCCUCAAGAUAUACCUCUCCAACAAACAGUGGCGUUACGUUGAAAGAACAUCAAGCCUUGUCGCUCCUCCAUCCCUUAGAUGGUAGCACUCGUGCUGAAAAGCAGAGGUAUCCUGUCUCGCCCAAUGGAGAGUGUUUUCAGACGUCUCUUGGUAAACCUUGGGACAGGCAAAUACACGGUGGCAGUGAUCAGCUUCUUGCAAGAGAAGGGAAUCCUUAUAAUGGCAACACUAGUCGAGCUUUCCUGGCUGAAAUGUCGAAUGAGCAGUCAUUGUUGGACAAUGCUGACUUGUGUCGUCUUGAGUUUCUGGCUUCGCAGUUUCCAUCUUUCUCUGCUGAAAGUAUUGCAGAGGCGUACUUGUCUAAUGGAGGUGAUCUGAACCUGACAAUCAACGUGCUUACUCAGCUCGAGCUCCGAGUUGAUGGAGGCUCGAAUCAGACUCGUAGUCCAAUGGCUUUCUCCUCCCCAAAUCUCAGUGCCUCGAAGCUUCCUACUCUCUGUGUCCCAAAUGGUCACAGUGGUUCAAGAAAGCUUGCUGGUGACGAUCAGCAAAAUGUUGGCCCUUAUUGGUCUCCUGGGAAGGAGAGCUCCCUUCGACUGAGAUCUUUCUCGGCCAUCCCAUUGAGAGUUGCUACAGAUUUCGCUUCAGCUGCAAGGAAAACGACGUCUCAAGAGUCUAGCAUCUGGAAGUAUGACAGAAAUGGGUCAUCAGAUAAUACACAAGUUCUGGCGAGCGCGUAUAACAGUGGUCAGGUGAAGAGCAUUUAUGGUAAUAGGCUGCAAAGUCGGGGAUCGCCUCUUACAUCUCCAGCCAGGCUUGAAACUGGAUUAUCAGCCGCGAAUAUGUAUUCUGAGAAGCGGGAGGAAGCUCGUGAUCAUGCACGCGUGCACAAUACAUAUAUUGAGCAGGCACGACAAGCGUACCUCGCUGGCAACAAGACUCUAGCGAAGGAGUUGAGCAUUCUCGGACAGCUGCACAGUCUGCAGAUGAAAGCAGCCAACGGGGAAGCUCAAGAAUCGGUCUACCAUCAAAGGGAUUCGGAAAUAAUCUCAAACGGGACAGAGCAAAUGAUCGAUCUGCACGGUCUAAAUGUGAGCGAAGCCAUUUUUGUGCUCAAGCGCGAGCUUGCUGUUCUGAGAAACGCAGCCAGGUCAGUGGACCAACGUGUGCUCGUCUCCAUUGGUGUCGGGGCUGGCCAUCACAUGAGGGGCUCGCCCACCACGCCCGCCAGACUUCCCGUUGCUGUGCAACGCUACCUUCUGGAGGAGGAGGGCCUCGACUACUCUGAGCCGCGGCCGGGGCUCCUCCGAGUUGUGAUAUACUGAAUCAUGAAGGCUUAGGUGAAAUUUUUGACACGCUACAAUGAAAAACAGUUGAAAAGAGAAGGAAUUUUUGUUGCAUCUCUGUAUAUGGGAGGAAAAUGUACACUAUUUUCUGCACAAGGUACACCAUUCUUUUUUUUGUACCAUUUAAAUUUUGCUCUGUUGUAUGCAGAUGUAGUUGAUAGAAUUCAUUCA